GUCGUUUUCUACCAGAGGCGAGAUAGAACUUCUUGUGUUUACGCGCGGAAGGUCCUCUCGUAGUAGUGAUGGAAAUUGUGUUGGCCUUUUGACAGUGUGCUGAAUGUUGUGACAGUUUUCGAAAGCUGCUUCACAUACAUCUGAGACAACAUCCCAAGUGUGGAAACUUCAACAAUGGUGUCCUUGAAACAAGAAGCAGAAUUUGAGGACAUUUUAGCGGAAGUUGGCGACUAUGGCAAAUACCAAAAGAAACUGAUACUCCUGUUCCUAUUCCCAUCAGCUGCGCUGUUGCCAUGGUUCUCCAUGAACGUGUUGCUUCUAGUAUUCGUGCCAGACCACUGGUGCUACGUGCCAGAAGUGGCACGCAGCAACCUGACCAUCGCUGAGCAGCGCAGCAUCCUCGCGCCGCCGAACAACUCGGCCUGCAUGAUGUACGACAUGAAUUAUACUGAAGUGCUGAAGUCGGGUAUGGAUUUCAAAUACGCAGACGGAACGGAGUUGCAGAAAGAGAUUCGCAACACGACGCUUGUUCCGUGCAAGAAUGGAUGGGCCUACGACACGACGUAUUUUGUGGAAACUGCUGCAAGUAAAUGGAACAUGGUGUGCGAAGACAGCCACUACACCAGCCUUGUAAUGACCAUGGCAAAUGUGGGAAGCAUCAUUGGAACGCCAAUAUACGGAUCCCUUUCGGACAGUAUUGGACGCAAACCUGUGUUUUUCUUGGUGAUCCUGGUGACGGCUAUAACAGCCAUCUCAUCCGUGCUCAUGACGAAUUUCACAGCCUUUCUAGUGCUCCGGACCAUAAACGGAAGCCUUAUGCCUUCAGUAUUCCAGUUGCCCUUCAUCAUACUGAUGGAAAUAGUUGGGCCAUCGAUGCGAACCCACAUGAAUGGCAUUGCAAGUUCUGCAUGGACGAUCGGGUUGUGCGUCCUGCCUCUCAUUGCUUACGUCACCAGGCACUGGGUGACCUUGGGGUUGGCCACCUCUUCCGUCACUGUGCUCUUUUUCUUCUACUGGACCUUUCUCCCGGAGUCGCCCCGUUGGCUACUGUCACGUGAGAGAUACGGUGAAGCUACUAAAAUUAUGAUGCGCAUUGCAGACGCAAAUGAUAAACCUCAAGAUCCCGUGGAGCUUCGACUAAAGUUACAGAAACUAGGCGAGCGAAUCAAGAAAGAGAAGAGUCUUGGUGAAGUGAGCAAUUCGUGCGCCGAUUUCCUCCGAUACCCUAACUUGAGGAAGAAAUUCUUCAUCGUCACGUUCUGUUGGGUGGCUGAUGUGACGGCCUACUACGGCCUGCAGAUCAACGUGUCCCACCUGGCCGGGGAUCCUUUCCUCAACUUCUUCCUCCUCGCCCUGGUGGAAGUGCCAGGGCUCAUCUGCGGAUGGGCCUUCAUGGAAGGUCUGGGUCGCAGGUGGUGCUCCGUCUCCGCCCUUGCACUCACCGGAUUGGCCUGUCUCGUACCGGUCGUCGUUCCCGCAGGAAUUCCGUACGUGGCCGUGGUGUCCUCUCUAGUGGGCAAAUUCGGUUCUUCGGCAGCCUUCAUGGCCGUCUACCAGCAAAGCUCCGAGCUCUAUCCAACCACCGUUCGAGCCAUCGGAAUGGGGGUCAGCGGAACUUUUGCCGGAUUGGCCAACAUUAUCGUGCCCUACAUUGUCUUCCUGGCAUUCAUCGGAAAGUACAUUCCGUUCUUGAUCAUGGGGCUGAUGUGUCUGCUAGCUGCUGUCGCUGCCAGCUUCCUACCAGAAACCCUGAACGAAAUUUUGCCGCAGACGAUAGGAGACGCUGAAGCCUUUGGAAAGGACCAAGUAUUCUUUUCUUGCAGCAAGAAGAGACGGCUCCCCGACGAGAUGAAUGAAGUGACCCCAAAACUUCUCAACCCCGCUAAGUACUCAUAGUUCUCAUGUCAAGUGCAAGUUCGCCACUUAAGCAUUGGUUUCCUAGGAGCGAAUCGCUGACUUUCGGCGUCGCUUAUCGCCGAGAGGAAAACUUGAUUCUUCUGCACAUGCGCGCCCGAGCUAAAUCGACGUCGUGAAUGGCCACGUCGGAAUCACUUGACUUUGAUUUCAGCGUCACGCCGAGAAGCGACGCCAAAGCUCGCUGAUUUCGCUUCUAAGAAACCAGAGCUUCAGAUUUA